AUGACCCUUUUCCCUGACUCUAAGCCCACCCGCGCGGCAAAGGCCGAGACCAAGAGCCGCCGCAAGCGCAAGCGCGAAUCACACCCCAUCGACGAGAAGCUCGAGCGGCCGAGCAAGCGGACCGGUGCCACUGUCAUCCUUACCACGGCUACCUUGACAUGUGACAACCUCUCCAGCAAGGGCAAGGGCAGGGUGCUCCCUUUCGACCAGCUGCUUCAGCUCCUGUGCCCGCUGACCUCGCAUACCCACGGCUCCCUGUGGUACCAUCCGUUCAAGCUCGAGAUGUUGUUGGGACUCGGUGUGCUGUCGACGAUGGACGUGAACAAUCCCUAUGCCACCAUUUCCGAGCGCGGCAAGCUCACGGUCAAGGAAGAGAACGAGAUGAACGCCGUGAUGCUCUCGGUGAACAGGUUGACCAUCCGCCUCCGGACCUACUUGGCGAAGGUGACUGGAACGCUGAACCGCCUUGGCGAGUGGACCGCCUACUUUACCACCGAUCACACGGCUCUGCUCGUUCGGUACGCCUUGCCCAAGGCCGAUCCUGGGGACGAGAUCAACGUCACCAAGUUUGUCCGUGGCCUCUGGCGGCUGAGCGUCCGCCGCCGCCGCCGCUGCCUGAACUACAAGAUUAAGGCGUUGAUGAAGCAGAACAAGGAGGUCAAGCACAACCUGGCCAGCCUUCGCAUGCGCCUGGACAUCCCUCUCUUUCCCCUUGUCCAGAUUUGCGGCGGAAUCCAGGCUGUCUGCGAUGCUGCGCUUGCCGAUGCCGCGGUCCCAGCUCAGACGCCGCCGGACGCCUGA